CAGGCAUAAAACCCUCUGUGUUUUCACUCAUCACAGUACUAAACUAACAACGACAAGAUGACCAGCCUCUCUGCUAAGGACAAGGACACCGUCAGGGCCUUCUGGGGCAAGAUCUCUGGCAGGGCACCGGACAUUGGUAAAGAGGCUCUUGGCAGGAUGCUGAUCGUCUACCCUCAGACUAAGACCUACUUUGCCCACUGGAAGGACCUGAGCCCUGGCUCUGCUCCAGUAGCAAAGCACGGAGCUACAAUCAUGGCUGGAGUUGGUGAUGCCGUGUCCAAAAUCGAUGAUCUGACUACAGGACUCUUCAACCUCAGCGAGCUGCAUGCCUUCACUCUGAGAGUGGAUCCUGCUAACUUCAAGAUCUUCUCCCACAACAUCCUGGUGGUUUUGGCCAUCCAGUACCCCAACGACUUCACCCCCGAGGUCCAUGUAGCCAUGGACAAGUUCCUGGCUUGUGUGUCUCUGGCUCUGUCUGAGAAAUACAGAUAAACCGCUGCAGGAGGGACGAAGAUGCACCAGCUCACGCUGCAUGAAUCAAUAAAGGCAUGAAUAAAAACACAACAAAUGUUUCA